AUGUCUUCACACGAUGAGUAUUCUUCAGAUGAAGAAGAUAUAAUUGACGAAAAGCAGAUAUCACAAGUGUACUUAGGAUUCGUAGAUGCUCCCAUAUUAUCAGGGGAAGAAGAGAACGAUGAGCCUACAAUAGAAGAUACAUUCAUUGGAGGUAACCCAGUAUGGUUGCAUCCAAAUUCGCAACCAACGGACUCACAAAUCAAAUGUGAUAGUUGUGGUGGUAAAAUGGCAUUGUUAUCGCAGAUAUUUGCACCCUUUGAGGGUAAAUCAUACGAUAGAGUCCUCUACAUAUUUGGCUGUCCAAAAACCUCUCAAUGUUCCAACAAAAAGGGCUCAGUUAAAUGCUUAAGAGGAAUUUCUAAGGACCCUGUCAAAAUGGCCCAAAUUGAAGAAGAAACUGCAGAAGCUGCCAGAAAGGAAUUAGAUGAAAAGUUGCGUUUGGAUAAUACCAAAAAGUUACAAAUCGAACUCACGAAGGAUUUAUUCAGCAACUCGGGUAAAGAUACCGAAGAAAAGUCCGAUAAUCCGUUCGUGUCGUCUGCCAAUCCAUUUGGAGCUGCUUCCAAUCCAUUUGAUGCUACAAGCAAUCCAUUCAACCAAUCUAAGAAUAAUGACACUGACAACACCAAGUCGCAUCCAAACAGUCUCAACAAGGAGUCAUUUGCUGAAGCCGCAGCCAAAAAUUUACCGAAAUCACUGCCCAAAAAGGCGCUGUCAGCUGUAGGCCAGUUACCCUCAUAUCCGGGAUAUUUUGUGUAUGUAGAGCAAGAAAAAUUCAAAAAAAUCACCAUCGAACCUGAAUUGGAAAAAUACAAGCAUUUGGUUGAUCUCGAUGAUGAAACUGAGUCCGCAUCUCGCGCCGACAAAAAGCAAUCGUCCUCGUCAUCACACAUGAACCCCCAAACAGCAAAAAUUUCCAACAUGCUCGACGACAAAUACUUCGAAGCAUUCACAAACACCGUGAAACACAACAACUCCCAAGUUCUCCGUUACGAUCUUGGUGGAAAGCCAUUGCUCUACUCGGGGCAGGACGAUAUUGCAGCAAAAUUUAACGGUCGCGACACUAACUUUAACAUUCCUAACCCAGGCUACAACCCAUCCUCUACCCGCCAAUUUGAAUGUCAACUCAUGCCCAAAGCUAUCUUGGAUUUGGAGAACGAAAACAACAAGACUGCAUCACUCACUGAUAUAUUAAAUGGUAUGUCUUGGGGAACUAUCAUUGUGUGUACCGAUGUUGAAGACUACAUGCCUGCAGAUGCGUUUGAUGAAAAUAAUGUUGCAUACAUAGAAGAAUGGUGCGGUGUUCAAUGGGAAGAAAGUGUAUAG